UAUUAUGAGUCUUUGCGUAACGCUACAAGCUAACUACUUUGUUUUGGUGAUCAAGAAAUAAGCGUCUGUUAUUGCUACAUACCCAUUGCUCUUUACAUUUGAAUUAAACAAACGCCAUACUGUUUUAUACCGACACUGUUUAUUUUUUUCCCCUUUGAUAAAUAGCUGAGUAUAAAAUAUUCAUCAUCGCAUUCCCAUAAAUUUUGUAUGAAACAAUGUCUUCCGGACUGCUCCAGUACUAGGAAAGAAGAGCAACUUUUUUAGAGAAAGCGAAGUGUGAUCUCAACACAAAUAAAAACAGAAAGAAGAAUUAGCAUCCUCUUUUUCUGAUAGUGUGAUAGAAAUGAUAGACCCUGUGGAGAGACAAAAUAUAUUCUGUUCUACGUUUGUAUUGUGAAUGAAAAGGAACAAACGAUAUAAUUGAAGAUUUGUAUGAUCUCAUAUACAAGUUCGAUUAAAAAACUGCAACGUUAAAGUAGCAUAGCGGCUACUUUAAAUUAUUAUCAUUUAGGAAAAACUUUUAUGUGCUGAUUUCUCAACAGAAUGGGCGAUUUGAAAAUGGACUGGACAAUGACAGAAAAUCAGUUGAUGUUAGGGCCCAAGUUGUCACUCGGUGAAAUGGCUUUAAGAAUGGUGCUGAGCAAUUCGUGGCAUGAUUUUGAUAUUUUAACUUCGCUUCAGAGCAUUCAAUUCAGGUCAAUUUAUGAUGGAAAAUUUGAAGACGUUUGCCAGCCAUUUGUUGAUCAGAUUAAGGAAAAAGUGUACGGACUUGGAUUACCUGAAUCGCUGAAGCAAAAAACUACGCACUUGUUUAAACCUCUUCUUUUAGAUAUAUUAGAAUGGAAAGUAUUCCACGAAAGAUUUUUCUUCAAUUCAGGUGGACAUUUCGAUGUGAGUAUUUUAGAACAGAUGUGCUGGACAUCUGUAGGAUCUGUUGAUUAUCAAAAAACGGCGGAAAAGCUUGCACGUGUUGAAACAUUAGACGUUGUGAAACGGUAUGAAUUGACAUGUUUGUAUUGUUUACUGGAUUACAUUCCAAUUCUCUGGGAGGAACUACCCGACGAGGUUAAGAGAGCGGAGACAGCGAGAUUUCCUACGCUAGGCAGAGAUACCUCUUUGGAGUACUACUGGGCUCAGUGUGUGAAGGGAAAGGAUGCUGAUAUCAGUCCUACAUAUUUAAAGGAGAUCUCCUUUUUGAAGAAUGCCUUUGAAUUUGCAGCGUGCACAGGCAAUGUAACCGCAACUACAUAUUUUUUUCAUAAGUUACCCGUUGAAAAACGGGACCCGUUCCUGUAUAGAACAGUCCAUUUUGUCAUAGCAGAACGAGACGGAAAUCCAUUUAGUAAGCGAUUUCACUUCCCAAAGAAAAAAUGCUCUGAAGUCUUACGGUAUUUAUUGUACCUCAUGCGACCCGAUCAUCGGAAUCAAGUUUUGAGGGAGCGCCCUGCCGCAGUUUUAACAUGCUUUCUGGACUGGCCACUUCAAGAUUAUUUCUUGGAUGUCGCCGAUUUCAUAUUUGGAUUUCUCCCCGUAGGUUUGUAUUCGGAUGUGGAAUCCUGCAUUUCAAAGAGAAUUAAUGCUACUGGGUACUAUUGCCCGGAUUUGAUCCAAAGCUUGUUCCUCCGCUGUCCUGUGCGUUUCAGAGAAGAGAUUGUCUGCGACUUUGAUUUCUUUCGUUUUAUCAUUCGCAAUGACGAUACCGAAACUCUUCAAGUAAUACUGAGAAACAUAGAUCUCGGAAGCAGACCACUUAACUCUGCUCACUGGUUUGUGGAACUUCUGAGGAGACUGUCGGAGUGGGAGAAAUUGGAUUUGGUCGAAUUGUGCAUCCGGGAGAAGGCGCUGUCCAAAAAGCGUCUGAAGGAGGUGAAGGAGGCUCUGAAGAAAUUCCAUCCAGAUAAUACCUCAAGGGAAGAUACACUUUUUUUCACCGCCGAACAGAUACGGAGGUUGGAUCUUGAAUGGAGACGAUUUUUUGAUCUUCUCGACAAACUCGAAGCAAGUGUACCUGGGAAAUGAAUAACUACUAAAACUGUGGAAUUUCCAGCAAUUAAUCAAGAUUCUUGGAAAUCUCAAGAAUAAUUUAUUCAUGGAAUUUUAUUUUUUAGAAGAAGUUGUAUGCGAAUAAAGGGUGGCCCAAAAUUAACCAAGAUUUGAAUUUGCCACCAUUCCCUAUUAAAAAGCCCUAUUAAAAAAAAAAACACAUCUGGAAGUUGAUAGACUAGGGUUAGUAAUAAUGGAGCGUUACACGUUAAAACAUGGUGUUACCGCAAGAUUUGAAUUAAAUAAAAGUUUUUUCCCUUAAAAUUGUUAUAUUUGUAUUGAAUUAUAAAGUACACAGGAUAGGAUUAUCUAUGGAAUAAUACACAGGGCAAAUGGUCUGCAUGGCUUUGCUAACUCAUGCGCACUCUUUGUCGAAAUUUUCCAUGAUAUUUUACAUAAAUGUGGCUUAAUCUUGUUGAUGCAGCAUUAAAUUUCCUCCCAUAAUGCACGCGUGCUUGUGGGCUAGUUGGCAUAGACCUUUGAUUUCAAAUUACCUCAUAGAAAAAAAUCCAAUGGUGUUAAAUCAGACGAUCUAGGAGGCUAAUUCCCAAAUUUUUGAACUGUGUCCGCCUGACUUUUAUUUAUUUAUUUAUUGAAAUAUUGUUCAGCAAUGAAAACACGUUGUUCUAUCGUGUAACUCUCCAUUUUAGCUGUCCGAUUUAAUUUUUUUUAAAUUAAAUUAAAUUGCAAACACUUUAUUGCAUAGUUGGUUGGAAAUUCAAAUCUUGAAUAAAUUUUGGGACACCCUUUAUAAAUGAUCAAUUUUCAAAAUGAAAAAAAAAAAAAAAAAUCGAAAAAAUGUGUUAAAAUUCUUUGGUAAAAUGAAAAAAAAAAUCGAAAAAAUGUGUUAAAAUUCUCUGGUAAAAUGAAGGAAAAAAAAAAUCGAAAAAAUGUGUUAAAAUUCUCUGGUAAAAUGAAGAAAAAAUAAUCGAAAAAAUGAGUUAAAAUUCUCUGGUAAAAGGAAAAAAAGACCGAAAAAAUGUGUUAAAAUUAUCUGGUAAAAUGAAAAAAAAAAAAUCGAAAAAAUGUGUUAAAAUUCUCUGGUAAAAUGAAAAAAAGAUCGAAAAAAUGUGUUAAAAUUCUCUGGUAAAAUGAAAAAAAAAAUCGAAAAAAUGUGUUAAAAUUCUCUGGUAAAAUGAAAAAAAAAAAAAUCGAUAAAAUGUGUUAAAAUGUUCUGGUAAAAAAAAAAAAAAAAAAAAAAAAAAAAAAACAAGAAUGCAAACCUUGAGUAAUUCGUGAUCAAACAUUAUUAAAAAGUAAUGACAAAUCCAUUUACAUUUUUCUAAAAAAUAAUGAUAAAAAAAUUCUAAAAUUAAAUUUUAGGUCUAAAUUAUCAAGUUAAGAUUUCUUCAUCAUAGAAUUGUUAGUGUUGAAAAUUGAGAGCUACGACUUGUAUGUGAUUUAUUUAUUUAGUUAAUGCAUUGCUCAAAAUAAUAUUUUUAAAAAUAAAGUAAAAUUGCAUCACACUGCUGUGUGCUAUUAAAUCAGAAAUACCGUUGGGCUUCUCACAGAUUCCCUGUAUUGUUAUUUAAAUCUCAAUUUCUUUAAAGAAUAUUUGAAAUUUUUUUUCGAGAAAAAAAAAAUAACUUUUUUUAUGUUUGUGCCUGUGAAGUAGCAAAAUUAAACUAAGGAAAUCACGUGAACUUUUGUAUUAUGCAUAAGAAAGCUUUUUUCUCUUUUUUUACACAAGUUCUUCGAAUUAUUUUUUAUUUUAUUUAUUUACAUUUUUUUAAGGCACUGAAACCCAUGCUUAAACUAUUAUCGAAAAUAUAUGGUAGAAGAAAAUAGCAAGAUAAGGAAUAUUUUCUGUAAAAUGUAUAGAAAAGAAUAAAAUUCGCUUACAGCCACAAGUUAGCAUGUGACAAAUUUAAAAAUAUUUUAUUGCAAAAAUUUGAAGUUACCACUUAAUGAAAUGACAUGGAAAGCUACAUACAUAUUUAUCAACGAUUUACUAUGCAAACGAUGUGUAUCCUAAAUUAUUUUAUCCGUGGGUCAUAUUUUAUUAUAAAAAUCUUUCUCCGUUGAUUUACUUUUUUCUUUGUUUGAUUUAUGAGGACCAGUACUUAAAAUUCUAGCAACUACCAUGGUUAUUUUUUACAUUCUUUUAAUGUAAAACGACUUUAUGCAAGAAAGUGUCGCACUUUAAAAAUACUUGUAGAAGCUCUGAGAUACUUUAACUAUAACUACUGGACUGAAAAUUUGAAUGUAUUGUGGUCCACCCAACAUGUUAAAAAUUAAGCGGUGUUAUUGCGUAUUUCACAACAAUUGACCCUGUAAGCGAUGAAUAUCGUAAAUUCUUUUCUGGAUUGAUCAUAUUCUACUGUAAACUUCAUUUUUUACUAUUAAUAAAGUUCAUUAUUAUUUA